GACUUCUUUUCUCAGUUCUAGUGGUGUUACGGGAGAAAAGAAAGGAUCCAGUGGUCAGGCACUGUGCUUGGCGUUUCAUCCUGGUCGUAGAGGAAGGACUGCAGAACUUUGCAUCACCAAAUCUGGGCUGCACGUAGCCGUGCAGUGGUUACAGAGCCACACCUUCUUUUGAAAGUCCACCAUUAUCAAGAGGCACCUGAAAUCGUCUUGAGAAUGUGUGAGAAAGGCCCAAAUAUCGCAGAAUAACUCUGGAAGUUUGUGAACAUACCGCUUCUGCAGCAUCGUCUAGCUAGCCAUUCAGCCAUGAUUGUGGACAUCACUGCACUACGUUGUGUCUAGAAAGGUUCGGCAAGAGGCUGAUCAGCUGUUGCCGACAUGAGUACGCUUGCAGCAGCUCGUGCAGACAACUUCUAUUACCCUCCAGAAUGGGAUCCCUCCAAGGGGGGCCUGAACAAGUUUCAGGGCCAGCACCCGCUGAGGGAGCGCGCAAAGAAGCUCGACCAGGGCAUCCUGGUGAUCCGCUUUGAGAUGCCUUUCAAUGUGUGGUGCAACGGCUGCGGUCACCUGAUCGGCAAGGGCGUGCGCUUCAACGCUGAGAAGAAGCAGAUCGGGAACUACUUCUCCACCAAGAUAUGGAGCUUCUCCAUGACGGCACCCUGCUGCAGCGAGCACAUCGAAGUGCAAACGGAUCCCAAGAACCAUGAGUACAUCGUGGUGGCCGGCGCGAGACGGAAGGCGGAGACGUACACAGCGCAGGAUGCAGAGACGCAUGAGCUUCCGGACUCUGAGGAGGCACAGGCCAAAGAUGACCCGUUUUCCAAGCUGGAGCGGCGGGUGGAGGACAGUAGGCGCGGCCGCGAAGGUGCAGACAGACUGUCCGAGCUGCUGGAAGACAGCGAGGCAAAGACUAAGGAUGACUACAGCAUCAAUAAGGCCCUGCGGCGUCAGCUCAGGGGUGCAAGGAAAGAGGAGAAGAGGAGGGACGAGCAGCGGAAGCAGCUGGGGUUGCCAGAUGCAGUGCGGCUGCUGCCAGCUUCAGGUGCAGACGCAGAAGCAGCAGCGCUUGUGUCAUUUGGGGAUGCCAGCGCAUUUGCAAACAACAGGAAACACAGGCGGCAGGCUAUCAAGGAUCAGCCCAUCUUCUCAGGGCAGGCAGCAAUGGCAGGGGGUCAGCAGCGAGUGGACUGGGGACAGGCAACAAAUCAGCUGUCAGAGGGGGCGUGAAGGGCAAAAGUACUCUAGACAAGGCAGCGCUCCUGCUGAAGCGGAGGAGGAUGGAUGUCAGCUUGAAGUUGGGUCUAUCCUCUCCUGGGACGCGGUCCUGAUAGUGGAGCCAAGCAAGGCAUGCAUGACAUGUGAUCGUCGCCAUUGUACAUCAAAUUACACAUGUACUAUAAUUAGCGCAGAUAGAGCCAGAAGCCAUAGGACUAUGGCGCUGUACACUCACUUCUCUAGGUGGAAUGGAUAUUUUCAAACAGCUGGCACCUGAUGAAUUGUCCGCAAAACGCUACAAUGAGCACAUUGCAUGCGCGGAGACUGUCAAUUGCGUUUUGUCAGAUGGUGUUGCUGCAACUUGAACUUUACCGUGAGUGAUAACAGCACUGCAUGUGUGAGUGUGACAUUGCUGUC